GCUUGAGUUUCCCCCGCUGCUGCCUUGACUACCAGAUUCCACAGGUAGCAGCGGCGCUACGGAGGCCGGGUGGCCCGAAGAGGGAAACCGGUGAAAUGAAGUAGUAUGAGCUGGAGCCAUACAGAAUCUGCGGGAAGACCCUCGGGGGAGUCGGUGAACACGACUUUCUGUUUUCUUCACGUAUAUUGUAUAAUUAUUUUUCUGACUGUUAGCUCCGUAGCCUUGAGCCCACAGGAGACACUUUCCAGACUUUUGCAUUUUUAAAGCUUAUUUAGCUUGUUCUGAGGAAAAAAAGGAUAUUUAGACUCUCCAAGUUCUUCCUUUACAUAGCUGUUAAAUCCAAGACAACUGUGUCAAAAGCAUGAAUAAUGAUACAUCUUCUGCCCGAUCAUCCAGCCCACUUGAAAGGGAUCCUGCCUUUCGGGUGAUUACAGUUACUAAGGAAGCAGGUCUAGGUCUGAAGAUCCUAGGCGGAAUCAACAGGAAUGAAGGACCGUUGGUGUAUAUUCACGAAGUCAUUCCUGGAGGUGACUGUUACAAGGAUGGACGUUUGAAGCCAGGAGAUCAACUUGUCUCAAUAAACAAGGAAUCUAUGAUUGGUGUAUCAUUUGAAGAAGCAAAAAGCAUAAUUACCAGAGCCAAGUUGAGGUCAGAAUCUCCUUGGGAGAUAGCAUUCAUCAGACAAAAGUCUUACUGUGGCCAUCCAGGAAAUAUUUGCUGUCUAUCCCCACAAGUGUCAGAAGACUGUGGACCUCAAACCUCAACAUUUAAUCUUCUUUCCUCUCCCUCUGAAACACUAGUUCCAAAGACUUCAUCCGUUCCCCAGAGUCAGGACUCCAUUUUCCCUUCUUGUAAAGCAAUUCAGACAAAAUCUGAACGCACUAAAACAGAACACAGUCCAAGUACUUCUUUGGACAGCAGCCCUGCAGAUACAUCUAAUGCAGACAUUGCUCCAGCCUGGACUGAUGAUGAUUCUGGACCACAAGGAAAGAUUUCCCUAAAUCCUUCUGUUCGCCUUAAGGCAGAGAAACUGGAAAUGGCUCUCAAUUACCUCGGUAUACAGCCAACAAAGGAACAACGUGAAGCCCUGAGAGAGCAAGUCCAGGCCGACUCAAAGGGGACUGUGUCUUUCGGAGAUUUCGUCCAGGUUGCCAGAAGUUUGUUUUGCUUGCAGUUGGAUGAAGUAAAUGUUGGUGUCCAUGAAAUCCCCAGCAUCUUAGACUCACAGCUCCUCCCCUGUGAUUCUCUAGAAGCAGAUGAAGUGGGAAAACUUAGACAAGAAAGAAAUGCUGCUCUAGAGGAACGGAACGUGCUUAAGGGAGCUGUUAUAUGUUCCAAGGAAAGCAACGAGAAGUUACUGGAAUCAGAGAAGCACAGGAAACAAUUGAUAGAAGAACUCCAGAAUGUGAAACAGGAAGCCAAAGCUGUAGCUGAGGAAACCCGAGCUCUGCGAAGCCGGAUUCAUCUUGCUGAAGCUGCACAGCGGCAGGCACACGGGAUGGAAAUGGAUUAUGAAGAGGUGAUCCGUCUGCUAGAGGCUGAGGUCUCAGAACUAAAGGCUCAGCUCGCUGAUUAUUCUGACCAAAAUAAAGAAAGUGUCCAGGACUUGAGAAAGAGAGUCACCGUUCUUGACUGCCAAUUGCGAAAGUCAGAAAUGGCUCGGAAAGCAUUCAAGGCAUCCACUGAGAGGCUCCUUGGCUUCAUAGAGGCUAUUCAAGAAGUACUUUUGGAUAGUUCUGCUCCUUUAUCAAAUUUAAGUGAAAGAAGAGCUGGGCUGCCAUCUCUGACUUCACUUCCACUGCUGGCAAGGAACGGACGCAGCUUCCCGGCAACCCUGCUUCUGGAAUCCAAGGAGCUUGUCAGAUCUGUCCGUGCCGUACUUGAUAUGGACUGCUUACCUUACGGGUGGGAGGAAGCUUACACAGCAGAUGGAAUCAAGUACUUCAUCAACCACGUGACACAGACCACGUCCUGGAUCCACCCCAUGAUGAGCGUCCUGAACCUGUCUUGUGCAGAGGAGAAUGAAGAGGACUGUCCCAGAGAGCUAACGGACCCGAAAAGCUGAUGGGUUUCCAUGGGAAAUGGAGCAGCAGAGUCCUCCGGCUUUUCGGUCCACGUCCACAACCAGACACAAGCCACCACACCCCGAGACACGGGAAUCCAGCACGAGCACCGGGCAGGGUGUCAAGUUGCACGUGUGGUAUUUUCGUGUACAUGUUAAAGAUCAGUUACCACUACAGUAGUUUUUUUGGAAAUAUUCUAGUUGCAUUUAUUAAAGUCAUAUAUAGUCAGAUUUUAUAUGCAUAAACCUCAUUUAUAAUUAGAUCUUUAUAACUCAGUAUGUUAGUUCAUUGUUUGGUAUGAGGCACAAUGGUUUGUAUACCAACACUUUAUAUUGAAAAGUUAUACAAACCUAGUGAACUCCUUUUGAUAACUCCCCCUCUCUAACUCACAGCUUAGGAAAAAUGUUGUGAGAAAUCGAGGAGAGGCUGCCACACAGCUGUCCUGUUAGCUGCUGAUUACAACUUGUACCAAAUAGGACACCACCUAACUUCUAUCAUUAGGAGACGUCUAUCAUUUAUAAAAUGCUUCCAAACCUCAUCUUACUUAAACCAAACAGCAUAGCUUUCAGGCUGAUCUACAGGACAAUUCUGCUCAUGGCUUCAGCUGGAGAAACAGUGGUUCAGAGAGACAGAGCGCCCGUCCCAGGGAUGAGACUCUCACCGUGUCUUCUGAUUCCGUGUCCAGGCGUCUUUGCCCUGUCCCCUACUGUUCUCACAGAGGGAGAUUGCAGCCCAGCAGAGCAUCUACAUUCUGUUGAUGCAGCUGGGUCCACAGCUGUGCAUUCCACAGCAGUCCAGAGGACACCUUGGAGUCAAACAUUGCUUUUUCAUGACCCCACUCUCUUCCUUCUGCGGCCCCAACCACCACCACCACCACCACCCUUAGACACCAAGCAGGGCACUGUUCUGUGACUUUUCAGUGGGCUUUGUAUUUUCUAGACUAGAGACACUGGCUCAUGGCCAUGCUUAGGUGCCAUUGCCAGUAGGAGCAUCUAAGGAGAACUGACAGGAGAAAGGAUUCUGUUUAAAUACUGCUGGAGCGCUUGUAAAAGGACGGAGGCCAGGAGCCAGGCAAAGCAGCGCAGCAUCACUUAGGCAAGCACAGAGCUCCCAGGAGCACAGUGCAAGAAUCUUCACUCAGAGCCACUUUCUAAGUAAGUCACGGAGUUCCCGCAGUGAAGCGGCACCUGUGUCAGCAUCAGACACGAGCUCCUUACAUUUCCUGCUGAGUUUUACCUGGUAUAUGGAAUGCAUAUGGAGAAUACACACGGGCAUCGUGCUCACCCAUCCCUCUCUGAAUACAUUUAAGAUGUAGGAUUUAAGUUGAAUGCACUUAGGAUUCAUGUUUUCCUUCAUGAGGAAGAACGUAAAGUCAAAUACAGACUGACACGGAGACUUGAACCCUGAGAACGACAGAAUGGCUGGAGCAAGUGUUUGCCUCUCCUCACAGCUGUCUGGAUUUUAGGAUGCUUCGAGGAGCCGGGCAGGGGGAGGGUGGCUUUGAGAGCAGCUGCAGAGGGAGCUGUUUCAAGUCCCAGAGAGGUGUGACCAGGCACUCACACACCUUUAUAAGACAGUGUCUAUGCUGUGAACCAGCACACUCCUGUGAGAUCAUUCUCCUGCCCCGCAUUAGGAGAGUGCCCUCCCUUGUUUGUAAGGGAAGCUAAAAUGGGAUCCUGGAGCAUGCAGUCUCUAGUGUGCAUGUGUGUGUGUGGCACUCACAACCUCUCUGCUGCUUGUACCAAGUCCUUCCCUAUUUCUACCAAAUACAUAAUCAAAAAGACCUAUAAAAUGCAUAGCUCUAUUUACUGAGCACUCUACACUAUACAUUGCAGGAUACAAUGAACAUCUUUUGGGAGAGUUUUUGGCAUAGCUACUCCCUGUGUAUACCACCCCGGCCUUGAGUUCACAAUCCCCCUGCCUCAGCCUCCCAAGUACUGAUAUUUCCGCAACAAGUACCUUCUUGAAGGUACCCAAAGUGAUUCCAAUUUUAUGAGAAAGUUGAGAGAGAAGUGGUCACUGCCCGAGGAUCCCACCAUGUGUUGAUGCUGGACCCAGGGCAAGUCUUAGACCCAGGGCUUUCUUAAACCAGGAUGUAGAGCCUCCUGGAUUUAGUCAGUCCUGCGAGACUCCAGCUUUCAGUCCCAAAGAACCUCCCGAUUUGUAAGAAAGGAAUUCUCAAGGAGAGAAUAGCAUUCCAUCAGGUCCCUGUGCAUCUGAGCAUCUCAUGUGAAUGCAGCUAAGGAGGUUCAGCCUCUGAAUUAGCUGAGUCAGGUGAAUACUCAUUGAGAACUAUUCUUUAGUCCCUAUGACCUCCAGACCGACAGAUAAAGGACAGAUGCUCAGAGAAUCUCAAGAAGAGGACUGAGUGUGAAUAUUUUUCUGAUGCAGACAGAACCCUGGGUUACUUUGGGGGAAGUUGAUAGUCUUUACGUUAUCCACAUCACUGUCAACAUCCAUGGGAAAUGCCUCGCCGCUGACCCAGCCACUCAAAUUCUGGGAUCUAGGAACAGGAUGUGGUGACAUCCCUCCCAGGGCAUGUCCUAGUGGCACUGGGCAUCAGUUGUGCUGCAAGCCUCACUUCCUAGGGUGACAAGGGAAGGCCUGGCCGUCCUCACUCAUGUGUUCCCUUGGGAUGCUCAGUGGCCACCAGCGGUGUGACCAGCACUUUAGUCACCAGGGCAAAGCAGCAACAGCUAACCAUUUCUUAGGCUGUUUUCAAAAUAAAAAUGAUUUUGAAAGUCAGAAUUAGUGCUGGGCGUGAUGGUGCAUG